AUGUUUUGUCUUUAUAUACGGCGUUCCAAAUUAGCAAAUUCGAAAUUUAAGCCGAAAUCUGAAAAUCAAAUUCUCAAACGUUCAUCUUCCCGCCAACACCGUAAAAGGAGGGUUUAUAUUCUCUCUCUUCAUUUCCAAUCCAAAGUCAAAUUCUCUCUCUUUUUUCUUUUACAAUCUUCUUCACUACAGCUCAAUCAGAGCAAUGUUGUUGAUGCCACUGGAAACCAAGUUAGUCGUAACAACUCACGUGGAAUUCGUGUUAUUGGAAACAGAAUCUAUGAUUCUGAAAAUGGUAAAUCUUGUCAUCAGUGCCGGCAAAAAACAAGAGUUUUUUCUGCUGGUUGUAAGAAUCCAAGAAAUGGGAAGCCUUGUCUCAUUAGGUUCUGCCAUAAAUGCCUCUUGAAUAGAUAUGGGGAAAAGGCUGAAGAGGUAGAUCUAUUGAAUGAUUGGAAUUGUCCAAAGUGCAAAGGCAUCUGCAACUGUAGUUUAUGCAUGAAAAAAAGAGGUCAACAACCUACUGGUAUACUAGUUCAUACAGCAAAGGCCUCUGGUUUUAACUCCGUGUCAGAAAUGCUUAGCAAGAAGACUUCUGAAGGUUUGGAAUUGAACAAUUCUGCUGUCUUGCCUAUUAAGGAAGCUACUUUGGAAAAGGAGCUUGUUGUGCAUCUAUCAGAGGAACCUGGGGAGGAAAACUCAUUAAGUGGAAAAAAAGUUUUAAAGGUGGAAAAUGAGAAAACCAAGAAAAUGAAGCGGGGACAGUUAAAGGAAAUAUCUAAUGGCAACAGUGUGGAUGAUGCUUGCCAAAACAACAAAUUGAAAAAGCCUAAACUUUGUAAUGGUGUUUUAGAUUGCGAAGUGAAAAGAAAAAGAAAUGCAAAUGCUGAAAUGGAACCAAAAGUAGAAGAGAAUCAUGGCAUGAUUCGUGGUCAAAUCGAUGGCCCUGUUGUGAUGGGUGGUGGUGACAAUGCUAGUGCCAAGUCUCAAACAAAUCCAAUAGUUUUGCAUGCACAAAAAAUUAAGGAAGAGGUUCCUUUGCCCAUUGGCAUAGUGAUGAUAAAUAUAUUAGACAUUGAGUUUGCACCAGAAGAUGUUGGGAAUGCGUUGCAGUUUUUAGAAUUCUGCAGAGUGUUUGGAAAGGCUCUUGAUGUGAAGAAAGGAGAAGCUGGAGCUAUUUUAAGAGCAUUGAUACGUAAGCAAAGUUUGCGACGUGGACAAAAUAAUUCAGUGGUUGAGUUCCAAAUCAAGCUGUUGACUUUGAUAGUAUCUGAGUCAGAAACUGAUUCUUCAUCCUUAACUGCUAGCGAUGGAAAAGAUUCAUGGUUGACACUUUUGAAGGACUUAAUUACUGAAUCUGAUCUUGGACUAAAAGAAUUUCCGUUGGAUUGGCUUGAUAAAAAAGCUUAUCAUUCUAAAUUUUAUCUGUGAUGAAGCUCUAGGCACAAUGAAUCUAAGGAGUUAUAUUGAUGAUCAAAAUGCAAAAAUUGCUGAAGAAAAGAAAGCAGCAAAAUCUAAGGUUGCUGAAGCUAAGGAAAAGGGAACCAAUGUUGUGAUGCAGUGAGAAUUGAGCCUGAGUACUUCGACAACAGUGGUAAGGCAUUCUGGCAAUUAAGGAGCUGUAAUG